AGUCUGUGCUAUUUAGACUAUUGCUCGGUUGGAAUACUGCUGCGGUGCGAUUUUGUGUCCUGUUAAUGUGUUCCAUAAUGACUUAUUAAGGCACUAGGUUUUUAUGCUGCUUGCAAUACCAUCUACUGCACCAGAAAUUUUAAAUUGAUGACAGAAAUCGGAUAAAGUGAGCAUUCAACCUGAAGAACUACCCGAUUGGCAAUAGACACAGAUCUUCAAAUAAAGAAGUUGGCUGAAAGAUGAUGCGUGGAACCUGAUUUCCACCCCUCCUUUUUUUUUUUUUUUUUUAAAACCUUGGUCUGAAUGAAGGCUAUAAUGGGAGCUCUAUUCAUUCAGGGAUCAAAAGAAGCACUCGGGUGAUGGACUACUGCAGGAAAAGUCUAAAGCAAUAAUUCAAGUGUUUGUGCUUUGGUGUUUUGCUGAAGCAUUUGUCGUUAUCGGCAUUUAUGCCUUGCGUGUUCCCUGUUGAAGCAGCUAGAGCAAAGGCUUGAUGAUGGAAAACAAAUGUCCUGUAUUGCAUUUAUGACUGAUGGCGCAAAGCAUUCCAUGUUACUGUCUGUUGGGGAAUCUGGAUUGAACAAGCAAUAUUAUUAUUUGAGUCUCAUUGUCCUUUGUUGUCUGACUCAUCACAUGUAAAUGUACUGCAGCUUAGCUGUACAUUGCAGCGAUUUUUACAUGGAGAUGAAAUGUCAGCCUUGGAGUGCUGAAUAGCUGCUGAGAAAUAGAUGUUUUUUUGCGUGGUGGAUUUCUGACAUGAAGACAAAUAAAAUUGCUAGCUGCAGUAUGAUUAUGACCUGGAACGGUUGGGACAGUCAUGUAUGCCUUUUUCGGUAGAAAUCCUGGGACUGUUAACAACUGACCUUGCAGGAGUGGGGAGAGCUGUGAUCAUCUCUGCCAGAGCAAUUGUUUCUUGUUUCAUUCUAUACAGAAUGGUGUCCUGUCAUCUGUAACAAUGAUUUUACUGUUUAGAUAAAUCUCUUCUGUAGAAAUUAAACAAAAGCAAAUUAGUUGGUAAAAGCACAGAAUUUCUAUGCUUAUACUGUUGUAAUUUCUACUACAGUAUUGAUUGAACAGAGAAUAUUUUAGUAGGUUGAGUGCUAUAAAGCAAUAGAAGAACUAUUUUGUAGGUUGUUUUUUUUCAACUUCAUUAGCUGAACAUGUCAGGUUAUUGAGUUUGGCAAAGAAAAUAUAAUUAGGUUAUGUUCCUUAAAGAUUUCAAAACACAGCUGUAGUGUUUGCAAAUUAUGGUUAAGAGGAAAAGAACUUUCUGUGCUCUCUGGGCUAUCAUCAGAACAACUCGGCUGUUACAAAUCUAGUUUUUUUCUCCUUAAAACGGAUCGAAUGAGUCGAGUGUGUAUUGUUGUUCUGGAGGAGGUGGAAGAUGAAUCUCCCACAUUUAUUUCCAAACUGCCUCAGGAAAGCAUCUCUCUUCAUCCUUUACCUUCAGGACAGGUCUUGCCGUCACUUGUUCAAGCUAUAUUUAAUGGGGACCCUGAUGAAGUUCGUGCACUAAUUUUUAAGAAAGAAGAUGUCAACUUCCAGGAUAAUGAAAAACGGACCCCUUUACAUGCUGCUGCGUACCUAGGAGAUGCAGAAAUUAUUGAACUACUUAUUUUAUCUGGAGCUAGAGUUAAUGCCAAAGACAGCAAAUGGUUAACUCCUUUACACAGAGCUGUUGCAUCAUGUAGUGAGUGGAAUCCUGUCACAAAAAACCCACUUCUUCAAAAACAGGAUGCUGUGCAGGUGUUGUUGAAGCAUUCUGCAGAUGUUAAUGCUCGUGACAAAAACUGGCAAACACCCCUACACAUAGCAGCUGCAAAUAAAGCUGUCAAGUGUGCAGAAGCCUUGGUGCCACUUCUCAGUAAUGUAAAUGUGUCAGACCGAGCUGGUAGAACAGCAUUACAUCAUGCAGCCUUCAGUGGACAUGUUGAGAUGGUCAGUUUAUUAUUAUCUAGAGGUGCCAAUAUUAAUGCCUUUGACAAGAAAGACAGACGAGCUAUCCACUGGGCAGCCUAUAUGGGUCAUAUUGAUGUAGUGAAACUUCUUGUAGCUAAUGGAGCUGAAGUGACCUGUAAGGACAAGAAAUCAUAUACACCUCUGCAUGCUGCAGCUUCUAGUGGAAUGAUUAGUGUAGUCAAGUAUCUUCUGGAUCUUGGAGUUGAUAUGAAUGAGCCAAAUGCAUAUGGAAAUACGCCUCUUCAUGUUGCUUGUUUCAAUGGACAAGAUGUUGUAGUAAAUGAACUUAUAGACUGUGGUGCUAAUGUAAAUCAAAUGAAUGAGAAGGGAUUUACACCUUUACACUUUGCUGCUGCAUCAACCCAUGGUGCAUUAUGUUUAGAGCUUUUGGUUUCUAAUGGCGCAGAUGUGAAUAUGAAGAGUAAAGAUGGAAAAACACCAUUGCAUAUGACAGCAAUCCAUGGAAGAUUUUCAAGAUCGCAAACUAUCAUCCAGAAUGGAGCUGAAAUAGACUGUGAAGAUAAGAAUGGAAAUACUCCUUUGCACAUAGCAGCCAGAUAUGGCCAUGAGCUUCUCAUCAAUACUUUAAUUACAAGUGGUGCUGACACUGCAAAGCGGGGUAUACAUGGAAUGUUUCCUCUCCAUUUGGCAGCAUUAAGUGGAUUUUCAGACUGUUGCAGAAAGCUGCUUUCAUCAGGUUUUGACAUAGAUACGCCAGAUGACUUUGGCAGGACUUGUCUUCAUGCAGCUGCAGCUGGAGGGAAUUUGGAGUGCCUAAAUCUGUUGCUCAAUACAGGUGCAGAUUUCAAUAAGAAAGACAAAUUUGGGAGGACUCCACUCCAUUAUGCUGCCGCCAAUUGUAAUUACCAGUGCUUGUUUGCCCUUGUGGGUUCUGGAGCUAGUGUAAAUGAUCUGGAUGAAAGGGGUUGUACACCACUACACUAUGCAGCUGCAUCAGACACUGAUGGAAAGUGCCUGGAAUACCUGUUACGAAAUGAUGCAAAUCCAGGGAUUCGAGACAAACAAGGAUACAAUGCGGUUCAUUAUUCUGCUGCUUAUGGGCAUCGGUUAUGCCUUGAACUGAUUGCCAGUGAAACACCUCUUGAUGUUCUAAUGGAAACAUCAGGAACUGACAUGCUGAAUGAUUCAGACAACAGGGCUCCAAUUAGUCCACUGCACUUAGCUGCCUAUCAUGGGCACCAUCAAGCUCUCGAAGUCUUAGUACAGUCUUUGUUGGAUCUCGAUGUCCGGAACAACAAUGGAAGAACACCUUUGGAUCUUGCAGCUUUUAAGGGACAUGUUGAAUGUGUGGAUGUACUCAUUAAUCAGGGAGCAUCUAUUCUGGUGAAAGAUUACAUUGUAAAGAGAACACCAAUACAUGCUGCAGCUACAAACGGUCAUUCAGAAUGCUUGCGGUUAUUGAUAGGAAAUGCAGAACCACAGAAUGCUGUGGACAUUCAAGAUGGAAAUGGACAGUACGUUUCAAACUUUUUGUCUCUUAAAAUGUGCCAGUUGGAGCUUGGGGGCAGCAGGACUCCUCUAAUGUUGUCUGUUCUCAAUGGGCACACAGAUUGUGUCUAUUCGCUGCUUAACAAAGGAGCAAACGUAGAUGCCAAAGAUAAAUGGGGAAGAACAGCAUUACAUAGAGGGGCAGUUACUGGACACGAGGAAUGUGUAGAAGCACUGCUUCAGCAUGGUGCAAAGUCCAUACUACGAGAUUGCAGAGGACGGACACCUAUACACUUGUCAGCUGCAUGUGGACAUAUUGGAGUACUAGGAGCACUCUUGCAGUCAGUGGCAUCUGGGGAUGCAGUACCUGCCCUAGCAGACAAUCAUGGAUACACAUCAUUGCACUGGGCUUGUUACAAUGGUCAUGACAGUUGUGUGGAACUUCUUUUGGAGCAGGAAGUCUUCCAGAAAAUGGAGGGAAAUGCUUUUAGCCCGUUGCAUUGUGCUGUGAUAAAUGAUAAUGAGGGUGCCGCUGAGAUGCUAAUUGAUACACUGGGUUCUAGCAUCGUAAAUUCCACAGAUGCAAAAGGAAGAACUCCCCUUCAUGCAGCAGCCUUUACAGACCAUGUGGAGUGCUUGCAGCUUUUGCUCAGCCAUAAUGCACAAGUAAACUCUGUAGAUUCUUCUGGGAAGACUCCUCUAAUGAUGGCUGCAGAAAAUGGACAAACAAAUACAGUUGAGGUUUUGGUUAGCAGUGCUAAAGCCGAUCUGACCUUGCAAGAUAAAUGUAAAAACACUGCACUGCAUUUGGCUUGCAGCAAGGGUCAUGAAACUAGUGCCUUGUUAAUACUGGAGAAGAUAACAGAUAGAAAUCUCAUCAAUGCCACAAAUGCAGCCUUGCAAACGCCUUUGCAUGUUGCUGCUCGAAAUGGAUUAACGGUUGUAGUUCAAGAACUUCUAGGGAAAGGAGCAAGUGUUCUUGCAGUAGAUGAAAAUGGUUAUACACCAGCUUUGGCCUGUGCUCCCAAUAAGGAUGUGGCUGAUUGCCUAGCUCUCAUUUUGGCCACAAUGAUGCCUACUUCCUCGAGCAGUACGUUACCUUCCCUUACGUUCAAUGCCAUUAAUCAUUACACCAACACCUCAAAAACUGUCACUUUCGACUCCUUGCCAAUUAUCAGGAGUGAACAUAGCUCUUACUGUAGUUUCAACAACAUUGGCAGGGAAGAUGGCUAUCCCUAUAUGGAAGAAGAUGAACUUAAUGAUUCGGAUUCUGAAACCUAUUAAGAAGCUCCACUGGAGGUCUGAAGAGUGAACUCACUUGCUGAAUCUCAAGAUUGUGGUGCUGGAGAAAGCAAAGCAGUCUCUUGGAAUGUAAAAAAGGACUGUCCGAAAAGAAGAUUUUUAAAAAUAUGGGUGCACAUGAUAGAUUUGUGUGACUCCCAGAAAUUUUUAAAAAGCAGGUUAUGCAAAAGAAACAAAUUCUUGAAAAUGCUUGGAAUCUGUGAUGCAAAAAAUUACACAGAAUGUUAUUUAAUUGCCGUGUAUUGGGUUGUCCAUGGUGCCAGGAAUAAUCCCAGCAAGGCUGUGCACCACUGUCUUAUAAAUGAACACAGAAUUCUACAACAAAAUGGACAGUAGAUUUAAAUCCUACCAAUAAAUCUAAGACAAUUUGAAGGCAAUAAUUGAGUUUGGUACAGAAGGCAUUGUUUGUGCAGCAAAUCGCCAAAGGACCAAAUAACUUAAACCUUUUUUUUUUUUAAUUAAAAAAACUUUUUGGAAACUUGAAUAGGUAAAAUAAGUAAUAGUCUUAACUGACCCUUAAAUUACUUCUGGCAAUUAAUUUUAGAUUUGGUUUAAUUGUUGAUUUGUUUUUAAUCCUCUAACAGCCUUCCGACACUAUUAAAUGUACCAUAAGAAAAGGUGAUGUAAUUUUCAGUUCUGUUUUUCUCUCAGAUAAAUUUUUUUAAAAACCUGUUGCAAUCUUACAGUCCGAAAGCUCUAACUAGCUUAACCAGGUAUAGUCAGGGUGAAGAGUGUACAGUAUAAUAAAGGAAGGGGAGACAGAGAUGCAGUAAUUAUUGCACAGUUUUAUUUCAUUUACAAAAUACAAAAACCCACAACCCUGCUGUUUUAAAGUAUAUAUUUUUAUUCAGAAUACAGAAAAGGUAAUUUAUCUGGGCAAGUGAAACUGCUUUGAAAAACAGAACUGCAAUAUCCUGAUGCCCUGCAAGGCUGCCUUAGGAAAAUGGAAUUUUCUACAACUUGCCCAAUCCUCUACAUCAUAUAGUGAAAUGAAAUGUGUGCCUCUAUGGUGUAUAUAAUUUUUUUUAACUAGGCUUUUAAAGGCACAGAAUGCGGCUGGGGCUGACUUAAAAAUAGUCGUCGUCUUAUGAAAAAGGUACAGUGUCGGAUCUUUGGGAACAUAUACAAAGUGUCUCACUUUGGAAUUUAUCAAAAGACACAACUCCUCCUGCUAUAAUUAAAACUUGCUCUAUGUUUCUCUAAUUUAUAAUAGGCCACUGUUAAAAAAAAUGAACAGAAUACUUUUUCUCAAGCCUAAGCUGAAGUUUGUUCAAACAGAAGUAUUUACUUUAUUUGGUUCUGCUUUAAUUGAAAAGUAACAGUUAUAAUUAAACCUGCUUAUGUACAUGCAAGAACAUUUUCUUGCAUGUUGAGGUAAAAUACAAAUAAACUGCUAUAAACUGACCCCCCACCUUCUUUUAUCCUUUUUGUAUUGUGAAACUGGAAACUUUAAUGCCAUUGUAAAUUAUCAGCUUGUUUUCUGAACAAAGUGUGGAAACACAGGACAGUAUUUUGAUCUAUUUGAUAAUUUUGUGGGUUUUUGAAGAAUUAAUGAGCAUGUACAUAGAAAUAGCGACUGCUUGAAUACUGUAUUUACCUGCACUCUUUCAGUACAUCAAGAUUCCUGUGUAUAUUUUACAGAGUAUAAUAAAACCCGGAUGUGAGAGUUGUA